GCGCUUGUGAUGCAUCUCCGCGGGGCGGAGCAGAAGCGCGCCGAGCUGGAGCGCCACGUCAGCAUGCUGCAGAAACAGUUGGCGAAACAGCAGGGUCGUCGGUCGCACAAAGCGUCGACGGAUACCGCCGACGCGGAGGACGCGCAACCCGCUUCUCCUUCUGCGGACGGCGCUGGUGCUUAUAACGAAGCGGCGGCUGCGGCGGCGGCGGCUAAUAACGAGGCGGUGCGCGCGGAGCUGAUGGGCGCGGUGCAGGCGCAGGCGGAGGCGGUUGCGCGGCUGGACGCGGCGAUGGGCGCGCUGCAGGAGGAGGUGGCGGAAGGGCGCAACGCGUCGCUGCUGCUGCUGCUGGAGGCGGAAGAGAAGUACCAGAAGGCGAGCGGGGACGCGGAGGGCAUGGCGGAGGCGCAGCGCGCGCUGAGGGGCGCGGUGGAGGGCGUGCAGGGGGAGGUGCGCUCGCUGGGCGCGCGACAGGGGGAGGUGGCUGCGCUGACAGAGCAGGUCAAGUCCCUCCAAGCACUAGUAGUGUCGCUGCCACAGCAGCAGCAGCGGGCAGAAGGCGACAACACUUAA